AAAAGUCAAAAAGAUAUGAACUGCUAGUUUUUGAAAAGUAGUGUACCAUGCUGUUCUUAGCAGACCAUUUUAUUCUGUCUAGUGUUUGAUGUUAGGAAUUCAAGGAACUAAUCAUAGGGUUGAAUUUCUUUAGCUUGGUGUUCAUCAAGUUUGAGUAAAGUGACAAUGGCUGAUGAUAUUAGGUUCUUUGUGACAUAUUAAGAACUGGUGGUCUUCCUGGGAGGGAACUUGGACCUCAGCCAUAUCUGUAUUUUGCAAAUGAUGACCUUGAAUACCAGGUUAGUUAUGCUGUAAUAUUUAGAAAUCAGUUGCUUGUCCUGACUUUCAUGCAACCUUCAGUUUCUUUUCAAUAGUUCUUGUGCAAUCUUUUUAUACAAGUAGCAAUAAUAUACUAACGAUUAAAGGUAGGCUGCUUUUCCUACCGAACGUCUUGGGAUGGGGGCCUUCAGAAUUGCAUUGGAAUCUGUCUUCAAUAGAAUUCACACCAAUUCUCUGCAGUAUACAUCUUUUGGGAAGCCAAACCCAUUUGUAUUUAAGAAUGCUGAAAAUGUGUUGAAGCGGCUAGUCUCAUCUCUUCAUCCCAAUCAUAACGUGGUGGAUUCUGCAAAUUCUGGAAGUCAUGAUUUUCAAAGACUAUAUAUGAUUGGAGACAAUCCUUCAGUUGACAUCAGAGGAGCACGGCAGGCAGGCCAUCCCUGGUUUUCAAUUUUGACUAGGACGGGGGUCUUCAAGGGAAAGGAUAAUCACCCUGAGUUUCCAGCUGAUCUGGUCGUUGACACAGUGGAAGAAGCCGUAGAUUAUAUUCUGAAAAAGGAGCUCGCAUGUUGAAAUGAGCCCCCAAUUGACCCAAACUCUUCUCAUUGGCUUUAUUCUUUUCUUUUCCCCUUUAUUAAAUCGGGGAUCAGGGUGAGCAUUUUAUGUUAUACAGAAUUAUAAUAUUUCUUGAAUUAAUGUUUCGAGAUUUUCUUCUUUACCAUUGACAUUGAAUCAUUAGCGUCUCUGUUGUACAUCAUUAAUAAUGUGAUUCCAUUGAUAUUCCAAUUUUACUCUGAGAAACUCUGUGCUACACUAGUGAUUGUUUGCUAAAUUUACUAAAUGGUGUAUUAAAUU